AUGUCUGAUUUGACAUGGAACGACUGUGAAAGAAAUCUUAUAGAUAUGAAAGCACAACUAGAAGAUAAUCUGGGGUCUGAGACCUCCGUAGAGAAUUCUCCUGCACCGAUGCUCUGUUAUUCGUCAUCAUGUUCUGAUACGUCGGUGCCGUCGUCGAAUGAGGAAGGAGAAGGGGUAGUAGAGGAGAAGGAGGGAGAAGAGGUAGUAGAGGAGAAGGAGGGGGAAGAGGUAGUAGAGGAGAAGGAAAGGUUUUCCGAGUCUCCACCUUUACUACUUCCUUCGGGAACGAUCGUCGAUGAUAGUCUACGAGGACACGAUCCGGAAAGUAUGAUACCGAUUUUAGUGAUUGGAAACCGAGCACUUAUGUUCAACCUUGAUCAUAUCAAGCAUUUGAGGAUUCAUCACGGAAUAGUAGGACUACUUUCAGGAUCUCUUCCAUUAGCACCACAGCAGAACACACUUCUUGGACUUCCACUGGCUCUAUCCAUAGAUGAGGUAUUGUAUUUACUGUAUAACGGUGUAUGCUACUUGGUAGAUGGUGCCAAAGCGGCUACGGCCUUUUUGGAUGACUUGGUCUGUGAUGAGGAUAAGUUGGAUGAGAUGGCUACAAUAUUUAGUGAUGAUGUGGACAAUCAGAGAGCUGAAAGACAACGAGAAUAUGAGGAGAGGUUGUGUAAACUGGGACUAGGAGAUAAGAUAGUGCAGAGGAAUGACCGAAACAAGACUGUUUUUGUGCAGACCCGUGAUAACGAUGGCCUUUUCGGUGCGUUGCAUGUACAUUUAAGGAUGUAUCGAGACAAUGUUGGUGUACAGAAGCUUCUGCUAUCAAAACUUCUUCGUAUGGCUACCAAUGAAGAUUUGGAUACCAUUUACCAGAACUUCAGAGUGUUUAAUUAUCUCAAGAUGAAUUAUCACCACUGUAUUCUCCCAGGUGUCCGGUUCGGAGGAAAGUUUGUCUCAUAUCCCGGUGAUCCAUUGAGAUAUCAUUCACAUCUGAUCGUGGAUACUCGUGAUUACUACAACGAAGAUAUCGGUAUGUUGGAUAUCAGUAACAGAGGACGAUUAGCUACUGGUGUAAAGAAGUUAUGGCUUGUCUGUGGACAGAGACGCCGUGGGACCGUUCCAUUCUCUGAUUCUAACGAGAAGAUCAAUGAACUGGCUGAUCCAGAACAAUCCAGUGGCUACCGUCUGGUUAGUAACUUGUUCGAUUACCAAGGUAAGGGCCAGGCCCUUAAGGAUACGGAAACGGUUUGCUUUUCCAUAGAGUGGUCUGGUUUCGGCUGA